AUGGAAGCAUCGCAGAGUCGUCAGAAAAGGUACCAUGACAAGAGGAGGAAAGCGCUUGAGUUCCAGGAGGGAGAUCACGUGUUUUUGAGGGUUACGCCGGUAGCUGGUGUUGGUCGAGCUUUGAAGUCUCGAAAGCUCACACCACGUUUUGUUGGCCGGUACCAGAUUUUACAGAGGAUAGGAAGGGUGGCCUAUAAGAUUGUUUUGUUGUCGCUGCUUGCUAAUCUUCAUGAUGUGUUUCACGUGUCUCAGCUGAGGAGAUAUAUUUCGAAUCCAUCUCAUGUGAUCCAAGUGGAUGAUGUGGAGGUGGGAGAUAAUCCGAUUGUUGAUGUAUCACAUGUGCAGAUAGAGGAUCGGGAAGUGAAACCGAUUCAUGGUAAGGAGGUUGCCUUAGUGAAGGUAGUUUGGGGUGGACCAGCUGGUGGGAGCAUGACUUGA